GUCACUCUCAGCACAGGAAGCACAUGGGUAGGAAACUGGCAAAGAAUUGAGUCGCCCAUGUGGGGGCUGUUAGCUCACCAGAUGGGAAGUCAGAGGGUCACACCGCCUGAAGCAGCCAUGCUGAAGCACCCACAAGAAGUCCUCGGAAAUGAAGAUCUCGGGACGUGGUGAAUGCCCUCUAGGUAAAUGGUAAAAAAGAAUUCUUGUUGAUUCUGGUAAACUAAUCACAAUUCUGGCAGUUCUGGCAACCCAAGAUUAUCCUGGAACAGGAUUAUGAAAACAUGUUACCACUUUGUUAGUAGAGACAGACCUAUUGUAAGAUGCCGCUGCCUGGCCAGAGAAGAGGGGGUCCCACAGAGCCUCUCCACACCAAGUUCCCGCCUCUGGGUCCUCUGGAUGUCAGCAUGGCAACCACAAACCUGGAGAACCAGCUGCACAGUGCACAGAAGAACCUCCUGUUCCUGCAGCGGGAGCACGCCAGCACGCUCAAGGGGCUGCACGCCGAGAUCAGGCGGCUACAGCAGCACUGCACAGAUUUAACAUAUGAGCUGACACUCAAGAGUUCUGAACAGCCAGGCGACGCCUCCUCCAGAGGCGCAGAGCUGAAGAGGCGCUGCGAGGAGCUGGAGGCCCAGCUGCGAGCCAAGGAGGGCGAGAACGGCGAGCUGCUGCGCGAGCUGGAGCAGAAGAACGCCACGAUCGCCGUGCUGGAGAACACCGUCCGCGAGCGCGAGAAGAAGUACCUGGAGGAGCUGAAGGUGAAGAGCCACAAGCUGAGCCUGCUGUCGGGCGAGCUGGAGCAGCGCGCCGGCACCGUGGCCUACCUCACCGCGCAGCUGCACGCCGCCAAGAAGAAGCUGCUGAGCUCCAGCGGCACCUCGGACGCCAGCCCGGCCGGCAGCCCCGCGCUGGCCAGCUACAAGCCGGCGCCCCCCAAGGACAAGCUGCCCGAGACGCCCCGCCGCCGCAUGAAGAAGAGCCUCUCGGCCCCACUGCACCCCGAGUUCGAGGAGGUCUACAAGUUCGGGGCUGAGAGCCGCAAGCUGCUGCUGCGCGAGCCGGUGGACGCCAUGCCCGACCCCACCCCGUUCCUGCUGGCCCGAGAGGCGGCUGAGGUCCAGCUCAUCAAGGAGCGGCCGCUCGUCAUCCCACCCAUCGCCUCGGACCGCGGCGCCGGUGGGCAGCACAGCCCGGCCCGCGAGAAGGCGCACAAGGCACACGUGGGCGUGGCUCACCGCAUCCGCCAUGCCAGCCCGCCACAGGCGCAGCCCGAGGUGGAGACGCUGGUGGUGGACCAGGUGAACGGGGGCAAGGUGGCACCGAAGCACUCAGGGACGGACAGAACUGUGUGAGCCCGCUGGCCGCCCGCAGCUGCCCACGCACUGUGACCCACGCGGGAGCCUCGCCCACACCUCAUUCCCGUGCAUGCCAAACUGUUUCCAGACCUGCCCACCGUGCCCCUGCGCCUUCACCCCUCCUGACACCAAAGCGCGAUCACACCCCGCUGCAGAGCACAUAUGUAUGACACCGUGGCCAACACCUGCGCGACCGCUUGCUUCCUUCCCACCUGAGUGAGCUCAGCGCGCUCCGCUGUGGCUGCACCACUUGAGUUCCUGACGGUAAACAGCCACACGCCCGCAGGGGGCGGGCCCACGCACCACCUCCACCCCGCUUCCAGGGCAGCCUGCUCGGAGCACCCCUCCUCCCCACCUCCCCAGGGUGGCACCAUCACCGAGCGGCUGUAUGCGUGUGUCACGGGAACUAAAUAAGAUGGCAUUGCUCCUCACGGCACCACAGCCUGAAUGUGUCUUCAUAGUUUUUUGUUAGUUUCAUCCAAAAUGUUCAAGAUCCCAACAAACUUUAUUUUCUAAACCUGC